UUCUAUAAAAAGGACCAGUUGGAGCAGUUUUAAAUGCAAAUUAUCAAAACUUGUAAAGCUCUGAAAGAGUGUAGAAAAUGGCGACAGUUCCAGCAGGAAGAGAUAAGUACAGGUCAUUCCUAGAUGAUGAAUCAGAUAAUGUUCAAUGGCGACAUGGUGGCCCUCCUACAUACGAUGUGGUCAAUCAGCUCUUCGAACAAGGCCGUACCAAGGAAUGGGAAAAAGGAUCACUUGAAGAAAUAGUGCAAAAUGCUAUAAAGACAUGGGAGAUGGAACUCUCCCACAAGGUUCGAUUACAAGAUUUCAAGUCCAUCAACCAUGAAAAAUUCAACCUCAUCGUUAAUGGAAGAGAAGGAUUAAAAGGAGAAGAAGCACUAAAGAUGGGGAGUUACAAUGCAUUAUUGAAGAAUUCACUUCCAAAAGAGUUUCAAUAUUACAAAGCAGAUGAAGAGAGCUUUGAAUCGUCACAUGAAGCAUUUCGUUCAGCUUUUCCACGUGGAUUUGCAUGGGAAGUCAUCCAUGUUUAUUCUGGACCUCCUUUGAUUUCUUUCAAGUUCAGGCAUUGGGGUAUUUUUGAGGGUCCGUUUAAAGGACAUGCCCCUACUGGUGAAAAGGUUGAAUUUUAUGGGAUAGCAACCGUUAAGAAGGCAUUGGAUUGUGAACAAGGUAUGAUGAAAAAAGCACAUGAAUUGAGGUUGAUGAAGGAUUGAAGGUAGAAGAAGUGGAGGUAUACUAUGACCCAGCUCAGCUAUUUGGUGGCCUAUUGAAAGGUGCCCCCAUCUCCAUUUCUUCUUCACCAACUCAUCAUGCUUCUGCCUGCCCUUUCCAUUCCCCUUCUUAAUUUAUCUAUCUCUAUUUGCAUUUCAGUACCUUAAAUCUUGUUUUUUAUUGUAUUUAUUUUAUUUUAUUUUAUUUGUACGAUGAAUGAAUCUUUUAUAUAAUCCUUCAAAAUUUGUGAUUA